AUGCACGAUAGGAUGCGUGUCGUCUUCAUAGCCAUGGGAGUUACUUGUUUCUUUGUGCUAUUCUAUUAUGUCGAGGCGGAAAAUGCGAAACGAAUCGCUCGCGACCGUGACGCAGGAAUGGGAUUCUUCCGCGAAGUUUUCAUGCAUGCUGCAGGUGUAAAAGAUUAUAAGGAACCUCCGAAGGGCUCGUAUGAGUGGAAACAGCAGCAUUUGGCUCCUGAACAAAUGAAGCGGACUAUGGACAAUAAAGAACGAUUCAGCGGUAUCCCCGCUAUUCCGUCUGAUAUCGGCUAUAGCAGUGGAAAGGAAAUAGAGGGCAAGAAGAAAAGCGGUGUGAUCUCUCAAGCAACGAGUAACCCUGGUGUAAUCCUGGGAAUGGGACUUACUUGCCUUGCCUUGCUUGGCAUGUUCAAGUCCUCUUUCGUUGGUGAUAAAAUAGCCGCUCAGAAGUAUAUGCGGUACAGAAUUAUGGCUCAGUUCUUCACUGUCACUGCUCUGGUAGCAGGAGUUACCAUUUUUGGAGCCACUUAUAAAGACGACGAUCAGAAAGAAAAACCAGCACAUGCUGCAGUAUAA